AUGUCUAUUUACUGCCGUCUUGCGUCGCCGCCAGUGUUCCUUCGCGCACUGCACACUGUGUCGGUCAGUCGCGAUGGGUGGGCCACUGUCGUGUUCACCGACUCGCAUGUCGUCCUGCACGUUGAGGGUACGGAUGAGAACAUGACAGCAACAUGCACCCUGCCGAAGAACCUCUUCGCCGAGUACGCCGUCGUCGAGACGCGCUUUGCGCUGCACAUCCCUACAUUGAUCGACGCGCUACUCAUGCUUGGCCCAUCAGUGGCAACAGCGUCGACAAGAGCCGUUCUCGCGUAUCCGACCGACGAUGCGAAGCUUCUCGUGGAGCUGACCCCAGCAGAUCGGUUUGCGGGUGGUGGCUCACCGACGCUGUCGGACCUCGGUGUGGGCGGGGAUCGCAUGCUUCAGUCACUGCUCGUCACCCGUAACGUGCGCGACCACUUACUCGAUCUGCGCUUCUCCGAGGCGGCACUUUUGGCGCAGGUGACGCUGCAGGGCGACGCCGUGCGCGACCUCAUCGCCGACGUCACAGCGGCGCAGUGCACCGAAGUGUCUAUCCGUAUUGACCCUAAACUAGGCGUCCUUCUGCGCGGUGAGGGCGGUCCAUACGGCGAGGUAGAGGCGCACGUCAACGCCAACUCUGAAGUACUGUUGUCGCUGUCGCGCGAACGCUCCGCCAGCACACGCGUCUACACUCACCAUCUCGCCUUGGCGUGUGGCGCAAGGGGUGGAACAGGGGGCGGUGGUAGCAGCAGCGGCGGCUCCGGUGCCGGUGGAACUGGCGGGGGACGCCUGCGUGGCACAGUCCCCGGUGGUGGAGGCUCCAGCACGCGGGAUGGGCGCCUGUCGAACACUGAUUACAUCCUGAUGGGUCUCGCCGCCUCCGCCGUUGGGGCUGGUGGCAGUGGUAGUGGUGGUGCAGCUGUCGGUACUCUUUUUGGCGGCUUCGAACGGCUGACACUCCAGAUCAAUGCACAGAGGCAACUGAGUGUGCUGCACAUGCAGCGGGAUCAUGAGCUGAAAGUGUCCGUGACGGUUGUAGUGAUGCCGCUCAGCUCGGUCUACGACGUUCUGUGA